GAUAUUGUAUUUUAAACUCCUACGUUUUACAUUAAUAACUCUGUUUUAUAGAGACUUUCUGAGUGUUGUGUCGUGAAAUAUGUUUUUCAGUCGGCGAACAAUGGUUGGGCCUGAUAAGGAAGAAAAGAGAUUACCUAAAAUUUAAGUUCCCUAUACGAGCCUUCGUUUAUAACCAGUUACUUUGUGUCUCAUUUCUACCUAAUCUUUCAAUACUGUCCCUAUUUGAAUGACAAACAGAGUGAUACACGAACCCUAUCUAGAUAUCUUUUUUUAUUCAAAUUUAAAAUAGAAAUAGAAAAUUACUGAAAUUUAUUUUUAGGUAUUACAAGUUAAACUGGAAAUACCGAUAAGAUUUAUAUAUUUAAGCAUUGUGUUACUUCGUCGUACACUGUGAAAAAUUUGUUGAAAGCAUAAAGAUGUAUCUUAAACCACUGGAAAUUCGCUUCAGUCAAGAUUCCAUUGGAAGCACAUUUGGCCACUACACGUCCCAUCCCUUUAGACCUAUAGGAAACACACUGGAUGAUAUUUUAUCUGGGCGCUGCAACAUUAACUCUAUACCUAAUAUUUCUGUGAUAAAAAGAAAUGGUCUUUGGUUCACAGCAGAUAAUAGAAGAUUAUGGGUGUUCCAAGAGGCGGAGAAACGCGGAAAAUGCAGUGAAAUAUACGUCAGAGAGACAAGUUACAUUAAUUACAACAAGUUCACAACUGUAAACAAUGGUGUUUCUAUAUACGUUAGAGGAGACCCCGGAGGGUUCCUUUGGAGACGUAUGCGAGAAGUAAGCAGGGAUAUGACAGAGCCUAUUCCAGAAGUAUCAACGAUGUACUCAGAUUCUUUUAUAAAAACUUCUACAGAUAGUAUAGUUUCGGAAAUCAGCACUAAACAAAUAGACAAAGAUAUGAGUAUUCCUCCAGCAAACUUUAGGCAACACAGUCUUGAAAAUACAAAUUCGAUGUUUCCAAUCCCACCAGAAGACGAUUCAUCAGACAGCGAAGAGAGUUAUCUAGAAGAUGUCAGAAAAUUACCUAAGCCAGCUGAAGACGAUCCACCAGAAAGACCAUCAGAAUGUGAGGCAAAUUAUUCAAUGAAUAUGAGAGAAGGAAAAGUAGAAGAAAUGGAAGUUGACUUUGAUAAAAAGUCUGAAUCUUUUUCUGACAUUACUGAUAUCAGUGGAAACAACCAUGAUGAAAAGCCAUCGAUGCGUUUCUCUUUUAAUGAGCACAGUGAUUGUAUCUCGAUUAAACAAUCAAGUGAGUUAUCAAACAACCCUUAUGGCCACUAUGGCGUAUCAAGAGUGGAGGAUGAAGUCAAAAUUUCGGCAGUUGAAAUCGUGGCAACCACAGAAGAAAUAAAGGGAACCGUUAUGGAGAACAAAGCAUUUGUGGGAGACGAAUUAGUCAUGGGAGACAAUAAGAGUAGCGAAGCCAUGGAAAAAGAAAAACGAAAUCUGGAAAAUAAAAUAUCCAAGAACCAAAUACGAAGCAUUUCUGAUUCAAAGCUACUUCAUUAUCGAAAAGAACAUUUUAUUCUUAAUAUGGAAAAUAUGUCGAGAAAAAGACAAAAAAAGUGCACGUUAGCGAAAAAAAUUCUUCGUGUAUCCAGUAUUGCUCUUGCACUGUUAUUGGUGCUAUGUUUGUUAUUGUUUCUUUUACACCUUCUCUGGUACUAUAUAUCAAAUAUAUAAUCAAAUCAAGAACUUUAUAAAAACCUCCAAAUAAUUAUUCCUUAAUAAAUAAUUUAAAUAAACGCAAUCACGUUAUGAUCAAUUGAAACAUUGAGCAUUGCUUGUGGAUGCUAAUUUUAUAAUUGACAUGUAUUUUUAGAUACAGGUGGAUUCCAUGUGUUUAUUUUUAAUCAAACAUGGUCGCUUUCUGAAAACAGUCUAUUACCUAAGUUGUCCGGUAUAGAUAUGCGCAGAAAUCAAUAUGUUAAAUUAUAGAUACAAUGGUAUGUUUACCUUGUGUUAUGAAUGCCAUUUUGUCAUUAAAAGUUACAUAACGAGGCGUUGAUUAUAAAUUAAUGAAAAUAAUGUAUCUUUUAUCUUGAUUUGAAUGGCGAUUUCAUGAU